ACACUCAGAUGACUCUCCCCCCACACCCCCCUUUAUUUUAGCAGUUCAGUUCGGUUUUUGCUGCUGCCGCCGCCGUUCUUCUCCUUUCUAGCCAGUAUCGCAUAACGGAGCAUUUUGGGGAGCAAAUUUAGACUUCAUUAGGUCAGCAACACUUGUGGGGAUUGCCACCGUCCAUCCCAUCCUACGGCCAUUCUAAAGCGUAACAGUCCUCGACUGUCACCCUCCCGGGAUUUCUCAUUUCUCGCUUCCAAUAAAUAUAUAAACUAUGGCUAGAACGGAUCUUAUCCAGAAAGCCAAGCUGGCAGAGCAGGCUGAGCGCUACGACGACAUGGCAGAAUGUAUGAAGGCUGUUACAGAGAUGGGAGAGGAGCUGUCAAACGAGGAGAGGAACCUGCUGUCCGUCGCCUACAAAAACGUGGUUGGGGCGAGGCGGUCCUCAUGGAGGGUGAUAUCCAGCAUUGGACUGAAGACCGAGGGUUGCGAAAAGAAGCAGCAGAUGGUCAAAGAAUAUCGCGAGAAAGUGGAAUCAGAACUGGAUGAAAUCUGCAAAUGUGUUUUGAAACUGCUGGAUGACCAUCUAAUUAAAAAUGCUUCAAAUUCAGAGAGCAAAGUCUUCUAUCUAAAGAUGAAGGGUGACUACUAUAGAUACCUUGCUGAAGUUGCCAGUGGAGAGAACAAAACAAAUACCAUUGAAAGCUCACAGCAAGCAUACCAGGAAGCAUUUGACAUCAGCAAGGCUGAAAUGGAACCCACACAUCCCAUUCGUUUGGGCUUGGCACUUAACUUCUCGGUCUUCUUCUAUGAGAUCCUGAACUCUCCAGAAAAAGCCUGUGAAUUGGCCAAACAGGCAUUUGAUGAUGCUAUUGCAGAGCUCGACAAUCUACAAGAGGAGUCCUACAAAGACAGCACUCUUAUCAUGCAGCUCCUCAGAGAUAACCUGACAUUAUGGACAUCGGACAAUGCCACUGAGGAGGGAGAGGGAGAAGAGGGCUCCAAGCCAUCGAACUAAGAAGCCCAAGCCCAUGCUGCUGGGGUUGACUCCAAAAAAACUAAAAGGAAAAAAAACAACUUUUUAUACAUCCUUCAUUCCUUAAAAUGCUCCACUUAAACAUUCUACCAUGAAAACAUUGCUGAAAACGGUUGUGUAAUAAUAUAUGGGGGGGAGAAACGACAAAAACACACACUUGAUUUGGGCACAAAAGAGAACCCUCCAUUCCUUUACUUUGUGAUCUCAGCCAUCCCCUUUGUGUGCAGUUUUCCGUGAUUGCUAGCUCAACAUGAUAUCAGAUUCCCUACCUCAAUUAGAGGCAAAACAACUGGAAAGCUAAACUUCAUAAAAUGGAAAUGGUUGGAUUUUGUUCCAAUAACAAAUAUUACACACAUACUAAUUUCCUUGUAUAUCUUACUGUAGUACACCUGUCUCUACACAGCAGUUUUUAUUUUUUUGGCCUUUAAUUUUGAUAGACGCAGUGAAGAAAGGACAGGAAAGCGGGGGCAGAGAGAAGGGAAGACAUGCGGCAAAGGGCUGUGGGUCGGACUCGAACCCGGGCCAGUCGUUCUCAGACUUGCAGCAUGUGGUCGCCUGCUCAACACACUGAGCUAAACUGGCGCCCAGCAACAGAGGUUCAACUUAAAGUAUAAAUUUUAUACUGCAGGGAAAUCCAGUGCGAUUUACAUGUUGGUUGGUUAAACCCUCACUUUAUCCUGGGUCUGAUGAAGCAUGUAUACCUAGUGGGUAAAGGUGGGCCUUGUGUGAUCAUAUUCAGGGACAAUAGUCAUGCUUGUCUCUUAAACCUUGUGGUGUUGACACGCUUAUGAUGUUCAGGAAGUGUGUCAAGUUGUUAAUGCGCAUCACUUCCUUUAAACCUCUCUGGUGUGGCGAGAGAGAACAGCGCUCAGAGGCAGCCAGCUUGUGGAUGUCGAGGACUCUGACGUCCACUCACUAGACCCCAAUGGACAGCUGGUUGAAUUUCAGUGAACUUGUUUUUUUUUUCAUCGCUCAUACACCGUGAUGAAGCUUGAAGGAGUUUCCCGUAAUGUUCUUAAUGCAUCACUGUCUUGAUACUUGAUGUCCACUGGGAACUAGUUGGACUUUAUUUUCUCUCGUUGUAAAUUUCACGUCACAGAAGGAAAACCAGACUGAGAAGUGGAUGUUGAAGUAGAUGUCCACACUCCAGUCUGUUAUAUUCUGAUUUAUUUAUAAUGUCAGUCCUCCUCAUCCUCCAGCAGAGAGGCCACCUUGAUCUUCUGGGUCUUGUGCAUCUUCAGACUGACAUGGAAAUGGCUGCUGUAACACAAUGUCCAAAUGUCAAGUUUAUCCAUUUCUAAUGCAAGUUUGUACGCAUCCUACAAAGGGUGAUUUGUUAGUCUGUCCAGUGAUUGUCACUAGAGAUUUGGACCACUAUUUUGCUAUUCAUUCAGUUGUAGACCCCCAGAAGCCUUGUUGAACAGUCUGUUGAAUCUGUAUGUAUCAGCUAUGUUAACAUAAAUAAAACAUUUUAUAAACCAA